AAGUGGAGCAGUUGGUGGAGUUUGGGCGGAAACGGCACUCGCGGUGAGAGCUGGGAACUUCAGCACACUCAUACAGGCAGACGGGGAGCUCGUAACACACCCAUUUAACAUCCAAAGACUACCUAGGAUCACUUAAAUAUUCUCACACGGUGACGUGGAUGUCGUCAUUGAGCGGGCUCUCUCUCACUGUACAGGCAUGGCAGAGCUGGCGGGUCUAGUGCAGCGUCUGGAGUUGGCCGUGGGUCGUCUGGAGGCCAUGUCUAGUUCUGGGGGUGGAGGAGGCCCUGCUGCUCCUGGAGUGGUGGCAGUAUAUGUUGAAGCCUAUGACAACUUGAUCUCUGGCCCCGUUGCUCAGUAUGCUGCCCUCAGUCAGAAGAUAGGGGGUGAUGUCCUAAAGCACGCUGAGAUGAUGAAGCAAGCAUUCUCCAGUCAAAGACAGCUUCUGGUCAAAGCUUCCUGCUCUCAGAAACCUUCUGAUUCUGUCCUGACCUCUCUGCUAGCCCCUGUAUCUAAAGCGAUCCAGGAUGUGCAGUCGUUCCGAGAGAAGAACCGCUCCUCACCUUUUUUCAACCACCUCUCUGCUGUCAGUGAGAGCGUUCCCGCCCUUGGCUGGGUUGCCAUGGCCCCAAAGCCAGGCCCUUAUGUGAAGGAGAUGCAGGAUGCUGCCAUGUUCUACACAAACCGUGUGCUCAAGGAUUACAAGGAAAAAGACAAAACCCAUGUGGACUGGGUCCAUGCCUAUGUGUCCAUUUGGACCGAGCUGCAGGCUUACAUCAAGCUGCACCACACCACUGGACUGAGCUGGAGCAAGACUGGUCCGGUUGCUUCAGCCUCUGGAGCUGCCCCCAGUGGAGGAGCACCAGCCCCACCUCCCCCAGGCCCACCUCCACCCCCUAUGGACUUUGACAAGUCAUCAGAUGGAGACUCUGGGGCAGUCAGUCGCAAUGCUCUUUUUGCCUCCAUCAACAAGGGAGCUGAUAUUACUAAAGGGCUGAAGCAUGUGUCUGAUGACCAGAAGACCCACAAGAAUCCUGCACUCAAAGCCCAGGGAGGUCCUGUGUCCUCUGGACCCAAACCCUUCACUCCUCGCCCCACAGCAGCUGCUGGCCCUGCCCGCACUCUGCCCCCAGUGCUGGAGCUGGACGGCAAGAAAUGGAAAGUGGAAAACCAUGAAGGUGCCCAUGGCCUUGUGAUCAAUGACACAGAACUCAAACAGGUGGUUUAUGCCUUUAAGUGCAACAACAGCACUUUACAGGUGAAAGGAAAGAUCAACUCCAUUACUUUAGAUAACUGUAAGAAAAUGGGUCUCGUCUUUGACGAUGUUGUGGGUAUUGUUGAGGUGAUCAACUGUAAAGAUGUAAAGGUCCAGGUUAUGGGUAAAGUGCCAACCAUCUCCAUCAACAAGACAGAUGGCUGCCAUGUUUACCUGAGUAAGGACUCCCUUUCAUGUGAAAUCAUCAGUGCCAAGAGCUCUGAGAUGAACGUUCUGGUGCCCAACAAAGAUGGAGAAUAUACUGAGAUCCCAGUCCCUGAACAAUUUAAAACUGUAUGGGAUGGUAGCAAGCUGGUCACCACAGCAACUGAGAUUGCUGGAUAAAGGAUUAAACUGUGCAAGACCACCCCCAUUGCAGUGUCCUACCUGACUGACCAAUGAAUUUGAAUGGAAUGCCAACCAGAUCUACACUCCUAUCAGCCAAUCACAGCGGCAAUCGUAUCUUCCUUCAACUAGUGAAAUUAGUGUUUGCUUUACCAAAAGCACUUGCUCAGCCAAUGGCAGGGACCCAUUUUGUUCUGUUCUACCUGAUAAAACAAAGCACUUGAAAAUGAUUGCCAAUGUUUUUGUUUUUUUUUUGUUUGUUUUUUUUAUAUUUCUUACAGUUAUGCUAAGCAAAAUAACAUGUGAAUGGCCAUCUAAAAGAAGCAAAUCAUGUAGAUCUGUGUGUAUUGGUUUUUGUUAUUUUUAUGUCUUGCGUUCAUUUUUGUCUUUUACAUUUUCUGAGCAGGGGGCAUGUGUUGGGGAGGUCACAGCGGUUUCUGUGUGACAUAUGCAAUUCAGAUCUGAAGCACACAAAUGUCUCUUUAGAUGACCACAACUCAGACACUUACUGUAACUUUAACUUUUCUAGAGAUAAUUAUAAUGAAGAUUUGUGUCAAAUCUUAGAGGACUAAUUGGCAAGUGCAACGAGUAACGUGCAUGAUCAGUUAGCUUUCCGAUCAUAAAACAAAAUAUUGUGUUGGGGAAAAAAGCGUUACUAUAGGAAUUGUUUUUUUCCCCUUUUCAUUAUGUAUUCCUGAGCACAUGGCACAGUCCUUGUAAUAUGAAUAAAUGAACAUUCCAUAGUUCAUGAUGGAAAGAUGUGGAAAGCUUUUAGAUGUCUUGAGUGUUCUUGGCACAAACUGGAGAAGGAUACAUUUAAAGCAUAAUCUUUUUAUGCUUAUGGUACUGUCCAUGUUGAAUUGAAAGCUGCCUUGUGUGAUUUCUGAUGACUAUCUGCUGUAAUAACUUGAACAGAGACUGGAUUUAUGUGAAUUGUGUCCAUCUCUUGCUCUCAUCACAUUCGUUAACUAGUUAAUGCUUUGAUUCCAACCUCUAAUCAUUCCAUCUUUUCCUCCCAUAAUAUUGAGGCCAUUAUUGUGGAAUUUAUAUUGUAUCCUUUUUUUCUCUUAUUUGGCCAAGAAUUUUUGUCAUUAGUACUAGAGAACAAACAUUAAAAUUGUUGCAAUAAAUAAAACAUCACUUUU